GAAACGGAUGAAUGGGAGCGGAGGGGGGAGGCCGAGGGAGAAAACUGGAGAAACUUCAAAUUUUAGUUUGAAGUGCUCACGAGAGACGGAAAGACGAGUUGCGCUAUUGAGCAGUGAAACCGGGCACCGUAACACACGUCACACAGACCCACAUAAGAUAGUUGCAAUAUGGAAGUUGAGGAGCUCCACUCAGACAUCCAGGGUGAAUUCCAGCCAGCUCCUUUGGGCGCAGGUGACAUGGAGGCUGUGGAGGUUCUGAUGUCCAUGACUAAGCACUGGAAGAACAGGGGCUUCAGGGUCAGACACUGCCGGCCCUUGACUCCAUCUUCAGACUGCUCAGAGGACGACUCUGUCCCCUUUGGGUCUGCCGCGCUACGGAACUCUCCUCCGUGCAUGACGCCGCCAUACAGUCCACCCAGCUUCGAGGCCACCCAUUCCCCCUCAGCGGCGACCUCACAUCCACCUGCAGCAGCUGGAAGUCCGAGCCGGCGGCCAACGGAGGAGACUCGCCUGCACACGGGCACCGCCGCCCCUCAGCACCGGUUCACCAGUGUGAUCCAGCACACCUCGGAUGGCGCCGUCCAUCGCGUCUCCAGGGAGGACGGACUCACUCAUACAAAGCGCUUUAAAACAGAUUUGAUCUCCGAAUGCGGGCUGAACGGUACUGUAAUGCAGUCCGACUCUUGUGCAGCCAAAUCUUUUAAUGGGACUUUGCCAUACGUGGCUGAAGGCAGCCAGACCCAGGUGAGUCCGUUAGGCCCCGAUGACAAAUCAAUCACAUCUCAGGCUGUCUCCGGGGUCUCUCCUGUGCCCAUCUACUGCCAGAUCCUCCCCGUCUCCUGUCCUUCCUCUGCUGUCGCGGCCCCUGACGGGCAGCAGCGACACCUGCUCUCAAUCCCAUCAGCAACCACCAUCGCACUACAACAGCGAGCACAAGCUUCUCCCGCCCACGUCUUCCUCCUGGGGGGGCCAGGUGCAAAAGGCCCAGUGAUGCUCCUCGUCUCCCAGCCAGGUGUCCCCACACUCUACGUCCAGCCAGCGCUGGUGACCCCAGUCGGCGCCAAGCUGCCAGCCAUCGCCCCCGCGCCCGGUCGCGCUUCGUCGGAGCAAAGACCAAACCCACCGCAGCCAGAAGUGUCCCGUGCACGCACUCAUGUUUGUCCCCGUGAGGACUGCAGCAAAACCUACUUCAAGAGCUCCCACCUCAAGGCCCACAUGAGGACACACACGGGUGAGAAGCCCUUCAAGUGCAAAUGGGAGGGCUGCGAGAGGAGGUUCGCUCGCUCCGACGAGCUGUCUCGCCACCGGCGCUCCCACACGGGGGAGAAAAGGUUCGCCUGUCCCACGUGCCUCAGCCGCUUCAUGCGCAGCGACCACCUCGCCAAGCACGCCCGGCGGCACCUAGCGCGAGGAGGGCGCCCCGCUGGGCAUUAAAGGACAACCAGUCCGCUGACCGCACUGCCUCCGCGAGUCGGUCCUCGAGAAACUCCCUCUGAGGCGUCCUGAUGAGACACCGAAGGGAAGACAUUUGAAUGUGGCUUUGUGAGUCCAGCAGAGCAGCGUGUUCCUGGUUUCUACGUCACCAGUCGGCCAAUAACAGCUGCUUUAAUGAUUAUAGUCGAGUGAGAUCGAGGUGAUGAGGUUGUUUACAUUGGACUUCAAACUACUGCGUCCCUCCCAUUUACACUGAAAAUAUCAAGUUGAUUUACAAAUGAACGCGUGAUGUUACAUAUUGUUCUUUUAUGCCUUGCCAGAAUCUAUUUUGUUAUAAAAAACACUUUUGCACAACCCUCAUUUCUUGUAGGGACAGUACAAUUCUUUAAACUUUUUUUUUUUUUUUUUUUAAUGUGUCCCUGUAAUGACAAAGACUUUAAAGCUCUUCAGUUGCUAUGUGGUUUGGACUUGAGACAUUUAGCUCCUCCAACCAAAGUUUGUCUUUGAUCACAUUAUUCAAGACGAGAACUGGAUCAGGUCCUGUUAUGAAGCCAUUUUAAGCAGAGCUUCACUGAGAAAUUGAAUAUUAAUAAAAGACAGACGCAGGGAUUCACAGUCCAGUCAGUGAGGUGUUUUACUGUUCAUGUUGACAAACACAGAUACAGAAGUUAUUUUCCAUCAUGCCUUAAACACAGAUUAGGAGACAACUUCACAGAUAUUGUGCAGUUGAGGAAUAAUAUUCUUUCAACAGUCCUAAAUUUUGAAGAAAAAAAAAAUAUUUUAAAACAAAAUUCAAUAAACAUUUUGAGCAGACAAAGCAAAAAAUGGUUCUAGCAUUAUAAAUACUUUUUAUUUUCUUUAGAAACCCCAUUCCAUGUCAUCUGAUUCAUCAUCCACCAUCACUUGCCUUGUCCCAUCUGCAGCACAUGCUAAGCUAUGUCGUGCUAUAGCAGUUACCUGCCGGCCCCUCACUGCUCUGGGAGCAAGCUGCUCACAACACUGAGCCAUUAGCUUCUCAACCAAACGGAGCAGACUGCGCUCAUCACCUUUCCAGAAGGACAACAUGUAAUGAAAUCAAGCUCUUGUCACACUGAAUUAACUAUACAACAAACUCAUAAAUACACAUCUUGCAGUGAAGCUAUGAACUGUGUUUCCAUUUAAAUACACCGCUUCACUCUGGGAUUACUUUACAAGAC